CACCUCCAGUCAAUAGGAACGGAUACUUGGCCUGUUCACAGGUCAGUUGCUGUAAAUUCCACAAUACAUUAUAAAGAUGCAUUGUCUCAUCAGUCUGAAUACUGAAGGCUUACUGAACCGGUUAAAAUAGGAUGUCAACAAGUGACGCAGGAGAGUUGGAGCUCAGAGUUGUAGGAGGAGAGACAGCUACGCCUCUGUGCAGGACAGCACGAGCAACACGCACUGCAACUGCACGAGAACAGCAGGAUGAAACAUUCGGUGAAAGGUUCAAGCAGGGGAAUCAUCAUGGUGAUGAAACCCCGACCGGACAGCUGUGUCACCCAUCAGCCAUCAGACAGGAAGAAAGACACAAAGACUCUCCAGCAAUCCAGACCUUGACACCCAAGAGCUAAGACUCAAGAAGAAUUUAGACCCCUGUCUACACAGUUUAACUGAAACACAAAGGAUUGAGACUGAGAACAGCAGCUGUCGGGUUAAUGGACAAACAUUACCACCAGACACCUCUAUAAAGGUAACCAGUGACUCUCCAUUAUCUGAAAGGAUACCAUUUCCAGCAAAGAAGAAAGAAGAGGUUAUCACAGUUGUUUGCAAUGAACUGGAGACUACCAAGGUCUUGAAUAUAACUCGCAGUUUCUCAAAUGGGGAGUCUGGACCACAUGAGCCUAAUGGCAUGCACAUACUUUCAUGUGGGUCACAACCAAGGACUGGCACUAGAUCAGUUGAGUUAGAAGAAGAUAGAAAAGACCAUACAAAGCUUAAGAAACAAACUGAACUUGUGGAACUGUCCAACCCUACUAGAACCAUGUUGUCUUCCACUGUAGUAACAGUUCUUGCCCCACACUGGAGUGGCAGACUAAGACGGACCAAAAGAUUUGAGGGAACUGGCAAUUCAGAAGCCCAGGGGAAUUUACGAGAUGUGACAAACACUGCGGCAAACGGUACUCAUGAACGCUUUCAGGAGACUGUGGACAGGUCAUUGACAGAUGGAUCACAAGCCCAAUUAAGGGUGCCAUUUUUGGGUACCAGGAGGAAUACAGUGGACUGGUCAACUAAGAGUGGUCCUGCAAGCUUGGACUAUGAAUCUAAGAGGAAAAUGAUUCAGACUGUCUCCUUGGAUGUAAACUCUGGAAUGAUGGACAAUAGAAAAAUAGAUGCAGGUGCUUUAAGCCCUGUAGCCACAACUGCAUCUCCCGUGUCACCCCUCUCCCUUGACCCAAAUGAACAAAGAAGGAAUCCACAAACUGGUCAUCAGGGAGGACUGUCAUCUUUAAGCUCAAAACCAACAACCAGCAGUCUACUUCUGUCUUUAAGAAGAUUCAACUCAAAUGGCAGGAACUCUAAUGUAACCUCCACCCUCUCUGAGAUAAACCCUUCACCUCUGAGAAGUUCGCAAAGUGAUCGAGAUGGAAAAUUUUUCACAACACACCUUUCUCAAACCUUUCACAAUAAUAAUGAGCAAGAGAGGUCAAAGCCGCUCUUCUCUCCAACUUCCAUUUCUUAUAGAACUGAAACUGAGCCUUUCCUUUCCCCAUCAUCCUCCAAUCACAGAGAAAGGAACAUAUUUGAAACACGCUUCUUUUCAGCUUCACCCACAAACAAAGACGCAGAAGACACACCCUUCACCCAGCAACCUCAAACAAUAAAUAGAACCCAGCCUAGUCUUUCAUGUUCGAAACAGGCAUUUCUAAGUAGAGCACCAUCAGAGAGGCAACAGAACUGCAGGGGUUCAGACAAAAGUACAAAACUACUCUCAGAGAGCUCUGUCACUUCACCCAGACAUUCCCCAUAUGAUCACUCUGCCCUCCUAAAAACCCAUUCCCUCCCUAGGAGGACCACCCUGACAUCCACUUCCUGGUGGAAACAAGUUAACCAGGAGGGCAGUUCCCUUCUAAUGCUCAGUGAUGCAACGAACAUCAAAGAAAAGCCAAACACACCCUUAGUUACACCCUGUAAUGAUAAUAGUGACUUGGCCUCUUCAAGCCUGACUGACAACAAAAGAUUUAGUAGUCAAAUCCACAAUAACAGAGAGAACAAUAACACAACAGAGUCAGUUCGCAAAAGUAACAUGAACCUUGUUAUGAAGACGCAGGGAGGAACGCACAACAUCAAACAAAGAAAUGUUGAGGAUUUACCUGACCACGAAUCAGACAGGCUUGUCAAACAGCAAUAUGGCUCCAAUUUAAACAACAGAGAACCACAAAAGCCUCAUAGUUUGCCUGAUGUUUUGUCUAGUUCUAAAAUUAGCAGAGCUACAGCACAAACAACACUGAGUCACCCUAAAGAUAUCGGCAAGCAUGAUGUAAGUAGUAGUUCAUUUACAGUAAAUGUAACUGAAUUACCACCUGCUUGGAUAAAUCUUAAGAACUCAAAUACACCCACUGAGAGCAGCAGCAAACACAAUAAUAAUCAUUCUACAUCCAAAACCAGCAGCAUCCCUAUAUCUCCUCAAAACAAAGACUCUCAAAAGUUUACCAAACCAUAUCUUUUUCUUGCUACCACCAACACUCUCAGUAGUCAAGCUCUUACCUCUAAAACUACCUCUAUUCUUCCCCUAACCCCAAACUCUAGUUCCUCCUUUCACUCUCAUCCAGUUGCUUCACAGACCAAUAUUCAUGCUGCAUCAUACAAUGGCUCUUCUUCCCAAACAUCCAAAUUUACCAACACAGCUGACACCACACCUCUUGGCUUUGAUAGAAGCUAUGCUUCCGUUCCCAAGCCAUUCCACCCUAAAACUGUGUCCAGCAUGAUUCCCUCAGUCAAUGCUUUCUCUAAAACAAAGUGCAGUCCUGUAUCCACUGCUUCUACCACCUCUUCCUCUAUCACUGGAAGCCAUCCAGCAGCCACAAUUUCCCCCAGCCCAUCCCUCUUUACUCCUCCUAUCACUCCUGCCAUUGCAUCUUCUCCCACCACUAUCACUAUUUCCUCUCUCUUAACCCCCCCUCCCACCCCUGUCAUUACCAGCCCCAACUACUCAGACACUUCCAGCCCUAAGGAAGGGAAGACAUUCUCAAGCAGCCUAGAAAAAGACCCAAAGAAACUGCGCCCCUGUGUAGAGGGAAAGAGAGUGAGACGAGUAACAUGGGAGGACUCGGUGGAUCUGCUGCAUUCUGAGCCCAUCACAGUUGAGAAGCCAGAGCCAUUUCAAGUCCCAACAAGCCCUUCAUCUCCCUUGAGAUCCCAGCGAGGCAUUAAAGCUCCAUCCAUCUUUUCCUUUCUAAGAUCAAGCAGUCCUACCACAAAUUCAUCUUCUCUUUGCUCCCCUUUGCCUAAAACCUCCAGCAUACAGGUGGUGAAAGGAGGGAAGUAUCGAUCCUUAUCAUAUGACUCUGCUGAUUUAGCAUUCAGAGAGCGAGAGAGAUCGAAGCAAAGACCUGUGAAAGACACUGUGAUCUUUGAUCAGGGAAGACGAGACUUAACCACACCCAGACAAGAGAGGACACUAUCAGUGGAGUCCAGUUUAGUUCAGUGCCAUUCUUCUGCUCCUUUCUCCCUCCCUCCUGACUUUUCAAGUGGUUAUAAGCUUCGAUAUAGCUCCCCACCUUACUCCACUCUCAUGUCUACCAGGUCAACACAAGGAGAAACUAAGACAAUAACACCCAGAUCACCCCUCUUCCAACAACCCUCACAGUCAAAUUAUACCCCACAUAUUUCCAUACAAACUGACCCAGUUGCAGCCAUGACCUUACCCACUGCCAAACCCCCUCUUUCACCUAUGAGACUACCACAGCCCCUGUCUUUGCCUUUCCAAAACAAAACUGCCACCCGAGAAAGUUCAAAGUGUGGUGUUUCAGAAACCGAUCAAGUCAACAAUAAUAACGGCAAGAACAACAGCCGCGAUUGCCAAAAUGGCCAGAUAUUACUUAUCGACAACAGAGUUCAUAUCAGUUCACAGUCUCUGCAGGGUGAUAAGGCCCACAACUCCUCCUCAACAUGUGUAACUGAGACACUGGUUUACAGCAUUAAAUCUAAAAUAGAUACAGUGACAGUUGCCCCAAAAAACACCACACCUAAACCUUUGCAACAUACCACAAACACACUGGUUUCUGUGGAGACCAAGUUAAGUCAAGAGUCCCACACAGUGCAGAGUAAGGAAACCACAGAUGGACCAUGCAGUCAUUCAGAUCAGAGCUCCAGUGGUAGCAGCUCAGUAGAGAGUCAACCCCCUGAUGAUGAAAGCUCUAACAGAAGAAUAAAGGAGAGUGUACUGGGUAAAAGCAGAUUUUUUUCAGUGGAGAGUAACAAUGAACAAAGCCCAAAGAGAAGCCGGUUUGCAUUGAAGAAAAGUGUAAGCACACCAAACUCCAGUUUAUCAAGGUCAGAGUCAGAGAGGGCCAACAAGACUAAUAACAAAAUGGACCAGGUCCUUAACAAACUGAGACAAACAUUUAGCACUAGACGGUCUGAUGAUGAUAUUAUGUUUCCAUGGAAAUGGAAGCGAGCCUCCCAAACACCCUCUGUUAGUGGAUCAAGUGACAUCAGCAAUGUCAGUGAUAUCACUGAGAGUACCAAAACACUAGAGAAGCGAGAGCAGGAGAAAGGGAUGGUGCUGAAGGACAAUGAAAAGGGAACAGAGGGUACGAAUAGAUGGACACAAAACAGAUACACUCUCAUACCACCCUCAGCUUCUGGGAGCACAAUGGCAGAAGAUAAGUUUUACAUUUGGUCAGACAAAUCAACAUCAGAAACUGACCAAGACAAGCAAAAUGUUUGUGCAGAACACAUGUCUGAAAGUAAAAACCAACCUCAUUUGACAAUCCACACCCCAACAACGCACCAGUUUGACCUUUACAAAGACAACAGGACAGAUUAUAAACAAACAAACCAGUUCCUCUCUUGUAGAGAUUCCAGUCCUGGUAGGAGCCCUAACCCCUCUGGUACUCAGUUCAUGAAGUCCACAUCCAGCCCCAGGAGCCCCUUCUCCCCCUUCUCCUCUCUUUCCCCUCUCUCCCCAUUUCCCACACCUGAUGUUACAGAUGACAGUGUCUUCUACAGCCCAAAGCUACAGCGUCGCAGAGAAUCCUCCUCACCAUGUGAGCCAGGAGAGGGAAUCAGCUUGGGUGGGUCAAGAAGAAGCCGGGCAUCCACUGGUCCUCCAAGUGCAGGUCCAGGACAGGACAAGGAAUGCUUGGCAUCCUCCUAUGCAGACUUGAAGUAUGGCAUUGAGCCAGGGAGGUCAUUUUCUGUGAGUUCUGUACUGUCCAGUCGACCCUCAGGGCCGGGUCGCAUCUCCACUGGAUCCAGGUUCAUGAGUGUGGGUGACCUCUCUGAAUCUGCCUUGACUUGUGGAGGUAUUGGCAAGGACUUGGAUCAGUGGUCUGUUAUUCCUGAUUGGACCUCAGAAUAUGAUUUCCAGCCCAGUAAGGAUUGUCGAAUGUCAUAUUUUCCCAGUGACCCUGGUAAAAUGAGAUCGAGAUCUCUUCCUCGAUCACUGACCAGGCGCCUGGCAAAUUGGAGCUCAGGAGUCUCCGCUUCUCCACCUGUAACUACCACAACCUCAAAGCCAGCCCGCCUCUGGAGCCCUAACAAGAACACUUGUCACUUUGCAUGGGAUACAGAGGGUCCUCCGACCCCUCCUCCAACACCUCCACUGUCACCAGUGUCCAAACGUAUGUCCAAACCUCCCAGCCUUUCCUCCCCUACCUUUCCCAGCUCAUCAGGAGCACCACAGCAAGUGGACAACCAGUCCUCCAGAGGGCAUUUGCCCUCCAGAUGUUAUGUAUCCAGCCUUAGCACCUUUGAGGAGUCUUCAGACAGCAGCUCAGACACCACAACAGAUGAUGAAUAUUACUUAGAAACAGGUGAAGACAAAGAAAAAGAAACAGAAUUGUAAAAGCAGAACAAUUGCUUUGAAUCCUCCCUGCUGUCAAGUCUCUGAUCAUGCACAUGAGAAAGAAACAUCCACGAGAAGAAAGAUUGGCUUUAAAUCUAUUAUGUAAAGUGACCUUCUCUGCUUGUCUCCUUUUUUUUUUUUUUUUGUCAUUUUCACAAAGGAAACGGACAGGUGGUUGACUGCAUGAUUAGGUUUUCAAAAGUGGUAGUUGCUGUCAUGUAAAAAAGACAUUAAAUGAGCAAGCAUGAUAUUAUCAGCAUAGGUUUAAAGAUGAUAAUGUGUGCAUGUACAGUAUACUGUAUAUGACUGCAGAUCUGCAAUCUAGGGAUAUCGAACUUUGUUUAACAUUUUAUAGUUGCAGUUGCAUGGCAUCAGUGAGGGAUGUAGCUACAUCUGUGUAGUUGUUUUAAUGAUCAAACUACUGUUAGGAUUUUAACAUAAGGCUAAUCGUAAGGUUUGCAUUUCGUCCUGCUACUUAACAAUAAAUGCUGAGGUAAUAUGGAUAAAUGUGUUAUCAUAUGAUAUUUCAUUAUCUGUUUUAUUCUAUGUUUGAAGAUUUAAAUGAAUUGUCGUAAUGUUGUAAGCAUAAAGCAGACACAAUUUAUUUUUUUUGCCAAAUUGUUUUAAACUGGCAGUGUUGCUUUGAAAAAUUUGAAAAGUUUUGUUGAAAAAGUUUUGUGUAUUCUGGGAUGAAAUAUAAUCAUACUGUAUGUUAAAAUUAACACUUGUUUUCAAACAUUAUAAACUGCUCUAUACAGUGAUUGCUCCUAUUUGCACAGCGACAAUCUAAAGUCUUAAUAUAUGUAUUUUAUAAAUAAAUGUAAUUUCCAACAAGAAA